UGGCGGCUGCACUGGUCGUGCUGCUGGCUCUUUCGCUGUUCGGUGGCUGAGGAGACUCCGCGACCGGGACGGCGCUGGAGGUGAGAGGAAAGCCUGGAGUUCGUGGGGUUGGCGGCAGUGCUUGGGAGUGAAGUCCCCGAGGUAUCGGAGGGCUCUGUGGGUUCUCAAGCAGAGCUGUCCCCCAGGUGUCCCAGAGGUGCUUCUGUCCUGGUGUCUGGAAGAACCCAGAGGAGGGGGCCUGAGACCUCAGGGAGUGGCUGGAAAGCCAGAGACGUGUCCUGGAACCCAGAGCCAGGGAAACCGAACACCUUCUGUGUCAGCAUCGUUGAUUGGAGACUGUGAAUGUAAAAAGAGAAGUCCCAGGACAGAAGCCAGGUGAGAGAAGACACAUCAUCUCAGAAUUGGAGCAUCUGAUCUUUGUCAACACAGACGUGGGCCGCUGCCGGGCGUGGCUGCGGCUGGCCCUCAACGACGGCCUGAUGGAGUGCUACCUGAAACUGCUCCUCCACGAGCAGGCCCAGCUGUGCGAGUACUAUCAGCCCACAGCCCUGCUUCGAGACGCCGAGGAGGGUUCAGAGGACAUAGAAGUCCAGCACUCGGGCCAUAAGAUCCAGCAGAGUAGGAAGCUCACUGCCUCCUCGCUCAGCCUGGACACAGCCGGUUCGUCACAGCUGUUCUGCAGCCUAAACUCUGAUAGCUGCCUACUCCAAGAGAAUGGCUCCAAGAGUCCAGACCAUUCCGAGGAGCCCAUGUCCUAUGACUCAGACCUGGGUAUAGCCAAUGCUGAUGAUUCAGACCGAUCUCUUCAAGAGGUGUUGUCGGAAUUCAGCAAAGCCCAGGUAAACUCUGUGCCAACCAACAGACUGAGCCAAGAAUUGGAGCUUCCCACUCUCCAAACCUUGCUGUCCCACCACGGCCUCGACACCAACACACACCAACACACACCGGCAGAGCUCCUUCCUGCCCAAGCAUCCUCUGGGCCUCGCGAUGGUGGCCACAAGCAGCAGCUGCUUUCCCAGGUGCCUGGCACUCUGGAUUUGCAGCAGCCAGGCACUGCCCCAGCUGUCCCUGCAGGGAGCCAGGCCAGCAGCCUUCUAGUACCAGGAGAGUCAACGGAGUGGCCUGCAGAAGGCCCUGGAGGAUGACAGAGCUGGGCCGAAGCUUGUGGUUUCCUCACCCACCAGCCCGGUGAGUGGGGCAAGCUGUUCGUCAUGGAGAAAUGUCUCCAAGCUGAUGCAGGGUUUCUCCAGCUAGUGACCCCGAGUGGUCUCUGCCUUCUCCCCAUAGCCUUCCCAUCCUUGUGUGGGGGAGUGUUAAUAGCAUUGAAACGAUGGUGCUGAUGUGUCUUGGUGGGUGAGUAGUGGAAAUAAGCCAGGCACUUUGCUGGUCACUUCCCAUAGUCUCCUGUCGUCUUCACAUUGACCCUGUGAAGAAGGUCAGUCCCAUCUGACCGCAGUCUUGGCCCUUAACUAAUCUCAGUCACCAACAUAUAAGGCCUUAGGCAAGUCACUUCACCUCUCUCUGCCUCAGUUUCCUCCUUAGUACUUAUUAUUAAAUUAAUAUUUUCAAAAAUACCAGGCUUUGAAAAUACUCACUUUAUGACAUGAACUGGGUUUUAGAACUGCUCUGUCUGGUGUGGCAGCUACUAGCUAUACUUGGCUAUUGAGCACUUAAAAUGUGGCUAGUCCAAAUUAAUUGAGAUGUGCUGUGUAAAAUAAGCACUGGGUUUUGACAACUUAGUGUGAAAAAAAGAAUGUUAAAUCUCAUUAAUAAUUUUUUAUUGAUCACAUGUUAAAAUGAAAAUAUUUUUGAUAUAUUGAGUUAGAUAAAAUGUAUUAUUAAAAUUAAUUUCACCUGUUUCUUUUUACUUUAUUUUUGUUUUUUGGUCACUGGCUGGUACCAGAAUGCAAACCCUUGACCUUGGUGUUACCAACACAGCACUCUAUCUGAGCUAACCAGCAAGCCCAUCUUUUUAGUUUUUUUAAUGUGGCUACUAGAACAUUAAAAAUUACAUAUGUGGCUGGCAUUGUAUUUCUGUUGGACAGAACUGUUCUAGAAUAAGCCAAUACAGUCUGUUGAAAACCCCAGGAAGCCAGUCCUGGGCAUCUCCUUGAGAGAGCCAUGGUUGGAGAGGCUUGAGAACUCUUAGCCCAAUGAAGUGGCAGUCAAAGGCUGUGAACUCCAGCUCUUUACCUUUUUCAUUUAUGCUUGUGUGGCCUUUGAAGUUUCUCCGACAAAGUUAUUGACUUUUAUUGAGUGUCAGUAGGAAAGGUACGUGUGCGGUAUCCACCCCUUCUGUAAUUGGAGCCCCACCUGCCUAGCCAGGGCAGGGAGACCUACAGAGAAAGUGCACAGGAGGGAAGGCGAGAGUGUGGGUCAAGGUUCGUGCCAAGCUGAAGGGAGAGAGAAUGAAUACCUUUAUAGGUUUGGGUGCCUCUGACUCCUUAUCUCUCUGGGUUUCACAGUUACACUGUACCAAGGAGGGUCAAGGAGAGUAGAAGUGGGAAUUUGUAUGCUCAUGUGCACAGGACACACAAUGCCAGCGUUUAUCCCAGCUGUGGGCUGGGGCUCACAGUGGGAUAUAGUCUUGCUUUUUCAAAUCCAUCUGUGCUCAUCUCUCCUUUGGGUGGUAGCUUC